AUGAUCUUCAGCAGACAGAGGCGAGUCACAUAUUAUUGUUGUCUAGCUUCAAUCAGCAUUUUGGUUGUCUUGCAUGUUGUGUGUGACAUCAAUCUCACGUCAGUCUUAAUAGGGCAUGACAAGUGCUACCCGGAAGUGAAUGGGGGACGCCAUUUUGACCGGGGCUUCCUCGUGGCCGAACCGGGGACCUGUUUCGAGGAGGAGGAGGGGGCGACUGUACAUCCGAGACCCGUUUUCCUGCUGGUGUUAAUCGCUUCUGCGGUCGGUAACUUCGAGAGGCGUCAAGCGAUACGCGAAACAUGGGGAAGUCCUAAGCAGAUAAUGGGGAAGACUGUCGUCACGGUCUUUCUGCUAGGCGAGGACGACGUGGCGAGCGGGAGUUUUUCUCCCGAAACUCGGGAUCUACUUCAGAGUGAGGGCGCUACACAUCAUGACGUCAUACAGGCUGAUUUCUUAGACACUUACAACAACCUUACCGUCAAGACCAUUAUAGGAAUGAAGUGGAUUCACAUGUACUGCCCGCAUGCAUCGUACUUUAUGAAAACAGACGAUGAUAUGUACAUCAAUUACGCCAAUAUAAUCAAGACUCUCACUUCACCUUUGACCCCAACCAAAGCCUUUGCAAUGGGUCAUCUCUUCCCGAAAAGUUUAGUGAUUCGAAUUAUCUUCUUUAAAUUCUACAUGCCGAGAUGCAUGUACCCAGAGAUGUUCUACCCUCCGUAUUUUGCAGGGUCGGGCUACGUCAUGUCCGGAGAUUUGGCAGGAAAAAUAUACAAAACUGCCUCCAAAGUCAACUUUCUUUAUUUCGAGGACGUCUUUGUUGGUGUGUGCUUAAAGGCGCUAGGUGUGAAACCCGUUGGACAUGAGGGAUUCUAUUACACGCAUGUUGACUAUGAGUUUUGCAAGUAUAGAAAUGACGUCAUUACGUCUCAUGGUGUGGAAACGAAGGAAGUGUACAACAUAUGGCAGGAUAUACACCAUUCUAAUACUGUAUGUUGA